AUGCAUUCCGGUGAACUCGAUUGGAAAUCGAACAUUGGUGAUCCAGUUAUUGUUCUCCUGGAUAAUGGUGCAUGGACUGAACGUCUUGUAUUACCAGUCGAUACUACUACUACUACUACUAAUCAAACCAAUGCAUCAACUGCACAAUCGGAAAAUGGUGAAUGUACAGAGGGUAAUGAAACCGCAACGACACUGACAACACCGACAACACCAACAACAACGCCAGCAACACCGACAACACCGACAACUAUAAAUAUCAAAUCAAUCAUUCUACCAAGACCGAAAUCAUUAGACACGCAUAAAGCUGCUAUCAUUGGUUUUGCUUAUAUACCAGCUUAUAUAUUAAUACAUCAUAUAUUAAAUGUGAAAUCAGGUGAUAUUGUGUUAAUAUUUUCUGCUGGUGGUGGAGUUGGAACCGCUUUGGGGCAGUUGAUGAAACUUAUACCGAAUGUAACUUUAAUUGGUACUGCAUCUAAAGGGAAACAUGAGAAAUUAACAAAAAUCUAUGAUAUUUUACUGGAACCUGAUCAAGAUUGUGUGGCAGAAAUUAAAAAGCUUUAUCCGAAUGGAAUCGAUGCAAUAUUGGAUUGUAUCAGUGGACCUGAUACGAAUAAACUAUAUGGAAUAUUAAAACCGUUGGGAAAGCAUGUAAUUUAUGGUAUGUCAAACUUAGUCACUGGAGACAGAAAGAAUUUUCUAAACUUAGCAAAACAUUGGUUUCAUAUGGAACGUAUCAAUCCAUUGAAAUUACAUGAUGAAAAUUUGCUAUUAGGUGGAUUCUCAUUGAAAUCACUGUUAUUCUCACGUGAUUGUUAUACUACUAAUAAUACUACUAAUAACAAUAAUCAAGCAAGCAUCAAUCAAUUCAUUCUAGAUGUAUGGAAUGAAUUGACCAAAUUAAUUGACCAAUCAAAAAUUGAUCCAUUCAUUGAUAGUCAAUGGUAUAUAGAUGAGACUAAAGAAGCUAUGAUGCGUUUACAAGAAAGAAAAAAUAUUGGUAAAGUUGUUUUAAUUCCUAAAUUGAAAGAGAAAAAAGCUGAAGAAGAAGUUGCACUUGAGAAUACUGCCAAACCGACAACAGAUGAGACAUCAACAAAUUCAACAGCGAAAUAAUCCAUUUCAUAAGAAUUACUGCAUUACAUAAUAAUAGUUAUAAUAAUAUAAAACUGCUUGAUCUGUUAUGUGUUUUGUCUUCCCGUAAUCAUCAUUUAUGUCAUCAUUUGUGCAAUAAUGUGUGCUAAAUUAUCCAAAAUUUCUUCUGCAUAAAGCGAAUCCAAAAUAUAUUUCAAGAAAAUAAGAAAAAGAAUUAUAGACUUCGUGAAUUUGUCAUAGAUCUGAAUUUCGCAUACAGCCAUGACUCUCCCGCUCUUACUCGUUCGCUCGCUCUCUCUCCAAAACUAUUUUAUUGAUAUAUGUUGUGAAGAUCUAUUGAGGUGAUCAUGAUAAAUACACAUUCUUGUCGUUUGUCUAAAAUUGUGAUUUAUCAUUCCAUUUGUUCAAUGUUAUUUUUUUUUAAUCAGAAAUAUUCAUCCUGUUUUGUUUUUUGUUUUGUUUUGUUGCGUUUCGGUUUCGUUUUGGUUCGAAUAAACAAACUAUUGAUUUGUCAUGUUAAAUGUUCAAUGUUAUAUGUGAUAUUUGUUUUGUUAUUAUUAUUUUAAAUAGUUUUAUUAUUAUUAUUAUUUUUUCCAUUCUUCAUUUAUUUGUUUGUUUAAAUUGGUGGUUAUAUUUGUCAAUAAAAUUAUAAAUAUUAUAA